GGAGCAGGGAACUGCAGGACCAAGGCAGAACUGCCUCUCCUCCCGCACUGCUUUCGGUCACCCAGCGGGCCGUACGUAGGCGUAAAAAGCCGCACCCGCGGUGGGGGCUACAUUUUCCCAGCUCCGGUACUCCGGAGCGGGGAAACGAAACCUGGCGCGCCCGGGCAUGAGGCGGGGUCAGGCGGCGCCGAGCGCAGGGGCGGCCCGCUGGGCGGAGCGGGUGUCCUUUCCCCGCCCCCGGCGCCCAGACCUGCCGCCAGCCUUGCGCGCAGCCCGUCGCUCUGCGCAGCUCGCCGGCCCCACCGCCGCACCAUGAAGGCGCUUCUGCUCGCCGCGUUGGCUGUGGUGCUGUGCGUGGAGAGAGCCCACACGCUCAUCUGCUUUUCCUGCUCGGAUGCAUCCUCCAACUGGGCCUGCCUGACGCCUGUCAAGUGUGGGGAGAAUGAAAACUACUGUGUGACAACGUACGUCGGAGUGGGACUCGGCAGCAAGUCUGGCCAGUCCAUCUCCAAAGGAUGCUCUCCCAUUUGCCCCAGCGCUGGGAUUAACGUUGGCAUAGCGGCUGCCUCCGUUUACUGCUGCGACUCCUUCCUCUGCAACAUCAGCGGCUCCAGCAGCGUGAAAGCCAGCUACACCGUCCUGGCCUUGGGCAUCCUGGUCAGCUUCUUCUACAUCCUCAGGGCUCGCGAGUGAUGGGGCUGGCCGAGGAAGAGCCGGUGCCCUGGGGACGGUGUGGGCUCCCCCGGCGAGCCCACCUCUGCAACGUGGCGCCCCGUCUUCCACGGGCUGCCGCGGGUCUCAUUAGCCAAUAUCUUCUCUAUCGCUGCCCACAAGGAGAUCCUCUACUUCUCAGCAGGCCUCCGCGGUGGUCGUUUCCCAGACUUUAUGCUCUUCCAGCACCAGAGACCUGGGCGGUUGGGCCCAACCGUUCUCCUCCUCCUCCUUCGGACGUACCCCGCUGCACUCUUGCACCUCCCGGUGGAUUGUUUCAGAAGGGUUUCUGCUUUUUUACCUGUUUCCCCCAGUUUCUAAGGUUGUUUAAAUCAAGGUUGGGACUCACCAAGAAACGAUUGCCCCCAGACACCGCUCUGCUAAGCGUUCAGAUGGUCCUGCCUCCAUGGAGAUGCCUGGCACCAGCGUGCCCCAACAUGAGGGUGGCCCGGGCACGGGGAAUGCAUGACCCCAAGGGAGACACAUUCCUGGGCCCUGCAGCUGGAGUCUCUUUUUAUAAAUUUCUUCCAACCCUGGGCUGCCUUUUUCUGGAAAACAAAUGACGUGUACCUUGUCCCUCUGAGCUCUGUAAGUGCCAGACCUGAAUAAACAUGCUCCUGUUGUUACCUGA